CACAUCUUGCUAGCCAUAGUCCCGAACGAAAAUGGUGGCACAAAGUUUCCUGCGGCCUCUAUGCACAUGCUUUACUCUCCUUACUCUGUCCUCAUUUUUUGUCUUUGAGCUUUUGUCGGUGUCAAGUUUGGCUUCACGAUCACAUGAAUGGAGAUCUUCUAAAAGGAUAGGAGAGCUCCAUCAUCUUGAAGAUCCCAGCAAUAUGUCUACAUUCUCGGCGUCCAAAUCUACAAACCGCUGGACCAUUCCUCUAACAGGUCCGAAGUCCACAGAGUUUGAGACGGUGAUGCAGAAAAGUGUAGACGGUCAUCCUCAUAUCAACUACGGAGAUGAUUCAUCACUUUCCUUAAAUUGGCUUCGCCGACAUUUGGGCACAAAAUCGCCAUACCCACAUGAAGAUCGACCAAUAGGACCGUUGAAUGAUACUCCUGAAGGUUAUGAACUCACCCAGUUACAUUUGAUAUGUCGACAUGGAACGAGGUACCCAAGCUCAUCCAAUGCAAUUUCAUUCCAAAAAAUGACCGAAAGACUAAGAUUGCUUGAUGUUCCUGGCUUUGAGUGGCUACGGAACUGGCCAAGCGAGACACUGUAUCCUGUCGCCAAAGGGAACCUUUUAUCGCCAAAAGGUGAUUCAGACUUGUAUCGGAUCGGGCGGCGUUUCGCAGUCAGGUACAAGGAAUUCCUUGACCGAUAUCCCUACGAUGCCAAAACAUUUCAAUUCCAGAGUUCCGCCAAGUCGCGAUGCAGCCAAUCAGCAUAUGCCUUUUCUGUCGGCCUUCUUGAGGGACGUCUGGUGAACGACCCAGGAGUGGAGGACUACCCUCCGACUCAACCUAUCGACAUGUUUACCACUCCAAUCGGCCUCGAUAGGGAGCUUGCUGUCAAGUAUGCAUGCCCUAGAUGGCUCAAGAGUGUCAGAUAUGGGCCAAGUGUCUUGCGCGAGGUACAGACCUUUCAAGCAAAAUUUUUACCAAAACUUGCAGAACAGAUGUCGACAUUAUUAACUUCACGGAACGGGUCUAAGCAAAGUAACGUCACGACAAAAGAUGUGAUGACAAUCUAUGACAUGUGCGCGUUCGAAGUAGCGUCUUAUAACAACGACCAAACCUGGUGUCAACUCUUGAGGAAGGCUGUCAAUGUUGAGUCAUCAGCUAGCAAAGCCUAUGGUCCCAAAUUAAGCUUCCUGAAUAUGGAGAUUGUCAAAGAUUUAGAAGAUUACUAUACCUUUGGUCCAGGCAUACCGUUCAAUAGACAUCUAGGCUGCAUCCUCGGGACGACACUUUUCAAUUCGAUUGAGGCAGCUCUAGGUCAGGAAGCGGGCCAUCCUUACAGUGGCAAGCAAGGGGGCGAUAAUGAUGAUGAAAGGUUGGGUCUAUUUCGAGGGGUCUUCAAGUUUGGUCAUUCGGAAACCAUUUUUUUCUUUUCUAGCUUCCUGGGCUUGUACGAUCAAAAGAAGAUCCCUUUGCGAGGAGACAUGACCCCAGAAGAAUAUGCAAAGAGGGAAUUCAGGUCAAGUAAGCUCUCGCAGUUUGCUUCCAACAUGGCGUUUGAGGUGUUUCGACCUAAUGACGGAGAGGUGCGCAGAAAGCGACGCCUUGUUUAUGACAAAGACUCAGUUCAGGCUCAUUUCAUGACAGAGGCAGAGACUCCGAGAGGUUUGAUUCGAUUACUUGUAAAUGAAGAGCCUAUGAUCAUUCCUGGUUGUGGAUCAGGAUACUUUUGCGAGUGGUCGACAUUCAAGAAAAUCCUUCAGCAGGCCGGCUCGGGAUGUGAUUUUGAGGGCUGCUGCACUAGUCUAAACUCUUCAGAUAUCUUGAGCAAGGAUACUUUGGAUGUUCCGUUUUGCCCAUCAGUGGAACCUGUAACUGAAUAAAAUAGUGUCUUUUGAUUAUCCAAAUUACACCAUUCUGCAAAUAUAUUUACCAUAUUUAGCGAAGACCCCUGUACAUGUACAGUACGCGACUUCGAGUUCUACGCGAGAAGGUAUUGGGAGGUGUACCAUUCAUGGUAGUGUGAAUAAUAAUUCAAAUAAAGUAAACAAGGU